AUGACCGUCAAAGUCGGUAUCAACGGUUUCGGUCGUAUCGGCCGUCUUGUGUUCCGUGCUUCCAUUGAGAAGCCCGAGGUUGAGGUCGUCUCCAUCAACGACCCUUUCAUUGAUGUUGACUACAUGGUCUACCUCCUCAAGUACGACUCCACUCACGGGCGUUUCAAGGGUACCGCUGAGGCUAAAGAUGGCAAGCUCGUUGUUAAUGGCCGUGCCAUCAAUGUUCACGCCUCCAAGAACCCCGAGGAAAUUCCUUGGGGCAAGGAUGGUGCCGAGUACGUUGUCGAGUCCACUGGUGUUUUCACCACAAAGGAGAAGGCCGGGCUUCACUUGAAGGGUGGUGCCAAGAAGGUCAUCAUCUCCGCCCCCUCUGCCGAUGCGCCAAUGUUCGUCAUUGGUGUCAACCAAGAGAAGUAUGAUCCCUCCAUCCAGGUCCUCUCGAACGCGUCCUGCACUACCAACUGUCUCGCUCCCCUUGCCAAGGUUAUCCACGAGAACUUUGGUAUCAAGGAGGCCCUCAUGAGCACUGUUCACUCUGUGACUGCCACUCAAAAGACUGUUGAUGGUCCUUCUGGCAAGGACUGGCGUGCCGGCCGUGGUGCUAGCCAGAACAUCAUCCCCGCCUCCACCGGUGCUGCUAAGGCUGUCGGUAAGGUUAUCCCUGAGCUUAACGGAAAGCUCACCGGUAUGGCCUUCCGUGUCAGUACCGCGGAUGUGUCCGUUGUCGACUUGACCGUCAAGCUCGAAAAGCCCGCUAGCUACGCCGACAUUGUUGCCACUGUCAAGAAGGCCGCCGAUGGUCCUCUCAAGGGCGUGCUCGGAGUGACUGAGGACGAAGUUGUGUCCUCUGACUUUAUCGGUGACAGCCGCUCUAGCAUCUUUGAUGUUAAGGCUGGUAUCGCUCUCAAUGACUCCUUUGUCAAGUUGGUGUCGUGGUACGAUAACGAGUACGGUUACUCUCACCGUGUCGUUGACUUGAUUAUCUACAUUGCUGGAAGGGACAAGUCUGCUUAA